CUGGUAAAGAUCAUCUAGAUCUACUCUGGUGGUGAAAAUUAGAGAAAGGGAGUGACUUUCGACUUUUACUGAAUUGAGAUAGCUUAGCUAUGGCUGAGCCCCAAGUGAACAGGGCCCCUUCUUACAACAACAUGGUUGAUGUUAUGGACGAGACAAGCCAAGCAAGGAACGCAGAAACCGAUCUGUCUGACUCUGAAAUCAAACUGGACCCAGAGGACUCCACCAGACGACCGCCGCCUUCGUUAAAUAUCCAAAACAUUUCGUCUGAGAUGGUAGCCCCCUCCUCCGCACCACCCUCACGGUUUAGGGUGAAGUGGGGGUCUCUAUUCCCCAGCCGUGAUCCCAAAUCACCCACCAGGCCAAAACAAUCUCGAGCUGUGAGAAUAUACUAUCGAAAACAGCAGAAAGAUAUUGAAGUUCUCAGAGAGGCUAGGCGUAUGUCCACUGUCGAUUCUGGAGCUGGGGAAGAUGAUAUUUUCGAUGAACUUUUGCAGGAGACGGAAGAUAACAAAGAAGAAAAGAGAUGCUGCAAUACAAGCAAAUGUCGUUGCAUUAAGCUAUCUGUUGGCACGGCAGCAAGGUUGACAUUCGCUGUAAACCUGUUUCUACUGUUUGCCAAACUAUCUGCUACGAUUCAGUCAGGAUCUCUAUCUGUUCUCUCGAGUUUACUUGAUUCUGCUCUUGAUCUGUUCUCUGGUUUUGCGAUUGGUGUAAGCAGUUACCUCAUCAAACGUUACGAUCGAUUUCACUACCCCAUUGGUCGGAAUAGACUGGAAUCGGUGGCUAUUGUCAUCACAGCGUGUGUGAUGGGCACUGCUGCUCUACAGAUUGUGACUAAAGCCAUCGAGGACAUAGCUAGCUCUAAUGUCCAUCCCAACAUCAACGCUUUCUCUGGUUCUAUUAUUGGAGCUACAAUUAUCUUGAAAACUGGCCUAUACCUGUUGUGUAGAGGAGUAGACAACGCGUCCGUACAAGCUCUCUCAGUCGAUCACAGAAAUGAUAUUGCGUCCAAUAUAGCCACCCUGGUAUUUGGACUGAUGGGCACGUAUCUCUAUCCAAACAUCGACCCAAUCGGUGCUGUUCUACUGGCCUUUUAUAUCAUUAUCAACUGGGUACUGGUUGCGUACGAACAAAUCAAAAACCUAGUCGGACACACUGCUGAUCGAAGGUUCAUCUCUAAACUGACUUGGAUAGCUGCUCAUCACGACAACCGGGUUGAGUCUGUAGAUACUGUGAGAGCCUACACGUUUGGUGUAAACUAUUUGGUAGAGGUGGAUGUUCAGUUACCAGCGGACAUGCCUCUGAAGACUGCCCAUGAUAUUGGGGAGGAACUGCAGCAGAAGUUAGAGAGACUUGAUGAAGUGGAGAGAGCGUUUGUUCAUUUGGACUUUGAGACGUUACACUCGCCCUCCAUUGAACACAAGUACCCUCCCAGCUAGCUAGUCUAACAGUUGUACUAUGACUGUGUGUGUGUGUGUGUCUUUAUUUUCCAAACGUAAUUCACAGUAAUUAAAGCCUUAUACUUUUCUUCGUGUAUAUACAGUCAUGUAAUUGAUAUAAUUAUUAAUUUUAUUGCA